AUGACUGAUACAUCGAUUCAUCAGCAUAACCAUAAGGCGUUUCGCACAUUCCAUUCACACCCACACAAAUCACAUAAACGGCAGGCAGUCAAGGAGCGGCACAACGACCAGUGUUUGUUUCCUACUCAUACAUGCAGCCGGGGAAGGGACACGUCGGAACGGCUGUAUGUCUGUCUCUCACCCUGCUGCGUUACACCCCAUUAUCUAUCUCUCAUCCUCGUGCCGCCACAUUUUGCCCCCCAGCGUUGUCACACUGUCAAGGGAAGGAACACAUCGCAAGGGCACCACGGCAGCAGACGGGCACAGUCAGCCGUUGCUGUCUGUGUGUCUAUCUGUCUGUCUGUCUGUCUGUCUGUCGCUCCUACUUUAAGACGACAAUCGACGCACCACCUGACUCGUCCUGCUCAUCCCAUACCUUGCCCCCCAGCUGAUCCCCCAGCACUCUCAUCACGACAGAGCGCGUCUGGUCGUGGGACUGUGAAGAUGGCCACUCGUUCGUGAAGAUCUCCACACAGCGAUAGCCUCCCACCCCAUGUCCCAGCCGAAUGGCUACCAUGUUCCCCUCGCCCAUCGCCUCACUGCCCACCACCACCAGCCGGCAACUCCAUCCACCCUCCCUCUUCGUGUCGAGUAUGACCGCCCCCCACUGCGCCGCAUCGCUUUGAGAGGCCGCCAGCAGAUCACCCACACGCUGGUGUGCAGCAGAAGCACGACCGAAAGACGACCAGUGUCUGAUGCGAUUGAUGUGGCCGCUGCUGAUCAGCCAGUGGAACAGCUUGAAGGCCACCAUGGACGAGUAGUUGGGGUACGUGUAGCCGUUUAGCUGUGUGUGUGGGUCGGUGAGGUCGAAUGGUGCAUGAGGGAAGAAGGGGCUGGCAGAGACGAGGAGGGUGGGGUGACGACGGGCAUCCGGGAAGAAGCAAAGGAUGCCGUUGCCAUCCAUCAAGGGUCUCCGUUGGCCGCCAUCGUCAACAGUGACCCCCCAGCUGAGUAUCUUCCACUGGCGGACCGCCUCCGUCUCACUCAUGAAGGCCGCCCGGCUGCCGAAGACGCCGAAGUUGUCAUCCCCCAGCACCAGUGGCCUCUUGCCUCUCAGCAGAUACAGCAUCUCCAGCACUGGUUUCCAUCUGGCCCAGCUGCCGCCCCUCUCCAUCAUCCAAAGCCGCCGGCUGAGCUGUUCGAUGAGGUAUGCCACACAACAGCCGUGGCUGAGUGCCUCAGGGAGCGGCAGUUGGGGGAUGAGCCACACGACGAGAGAACCGAGGCCGAUAGUGGACAGCAGGACGGCCAACAGGCGCAUCAGCAUAGGCAGCAGAAUUGGGGCGAGGGAGUUGCGGAGGGUCUUAUCGAUGCGGCUGAGGGCGAUCAUCCCGGCAUAGUCACUGCUGCUGAGGCACUGGGCGAUGGCCGGCGUCACUGUGGCAGCGACGGCUGAGAAGGGCACGCCCCCUUGCUGCUGCUGCUCGCCACCUGUAACCAUCGUCACAGUGUCGUUACAUGUGCCUUCAUGGUUGCGUCUUUCUGCAGUGACAGUGUUGGUUACCAUUGGCAGUAGCCGGCGCGGCAGAUGAAGAUGGCUCGUCGGUAGAGUCACCGGCUCCUUCACAAGCAGCAGCCGACAUCUGCACACCUGCAAAGAAAGAAAGCACGGACAUCAUAUCAGUGAAUGCACCGGUGGCGCCUCAUCAAUCUGUUAGCCGCCGAGUGGCUUUCUUCCGCUUGCCGUACCUCAGUUGGCUACUCGGCUGCCCUUGACUGUCGCUCUGUUGCUGGAGGCAACUUGAAAGUGCCAGAAAUCUGCAGGAAACACAAAGACAUCGCACAGAUUGUCAUUGCUGGUGCCAGCAGGCCCUCUUGCUUGUCCUCUCUCACCUCAGUGCGUCAGAUCAGCAUCACUCAGUCAGAUGGGCGGCGGCAUCUGUGAGGAUCGAUGACAUCACGACAGCUCAGUGGGCAUCUCCCACACACUCUACAACGCCACGUGGUUAGUGAAAUGCACGAAACAGCG